CAAGGACAAGCAAGCCUACGACGGCUGCUUCUCGACAAUCAAUCGGAAAACCAACCACCGCACUUCUCCUUACUCCAAAAUGCAACAUCUCUUUAGCAUACUAGCCCUGUCAGUGGCAGCCGUGUCUGGAACCCAGGCUCCCGAGGCUUUAGUUCUUGCAUUCGGUGAUGCCCAUCUGCCACAUAACUUCAAACCUUCGGCCAUUUCAGACCAUGUGAUACAGCGGAUAUUGGGUCUACGGAUGGAAUCCGAGGUGUCCUUAACUUCGGGAGAACCAGAUCAAGAAACGAUCGAAAUGUUGAACAGUCUUGGGGGAAGUCCGGCCCCUUUGUUCGGCCCUAGUUCCGAAGGCGACGAUAUAAGUCGAAACCUCCUUGUUCUGGAGGGGGUAGACCCCGAAAUUGUUUCUUUUACUCAAAAUGAAUUUCAACAAAACUUGCUUGCGAGAGUCUCCUCCGAUAGCUUACUGUCCCAUUUAUUUCCGUCUCCCCUGACGGAAGGGGACGGCGUAUACAACACCCGAACGAGACAUUGCGCGCUCCAUAUCGGCAACGGAGCUCCAUCUGAUAUGCAACAGCCCGGAAAACAAUGUAUCCCAGAUGGCUCCAUUUUCCAAAAGUCGGAUACAUUGGAAUCAGAAUUGCUUAGCCGAACCGGCAUGGUGGAGUCGUGGGUUAAUGAGCGGACUUCGGCAGCGGCUCUCAAAAUCUCAUUGCAGUCUCCGAAUCAUUAUGAGGAUUCAACCUUCACGGUCGAAUUACUACGUUCUGUUCUGCGUGGCUUGGAUGCGCUCUCUUCGGGGGAUAAGUUGACCACAGCGGUGCUUCUGCCUCAACCCAAUACGCAGCGGGGAAUGAUGGCCUUGAAAUCUAGGGCAGUGCAGAAAAAGGACACACUGCCGAAAACAACCAUUUCAACAAGUGGCGCCAUGUUUGAAUCCAACCCGCUACAUGUGGCCCCAGUCUGUUAUGCAUCAAACUCCUCGUGCAGUGAGAUGACAAGGAACUGUUCGGGCCAUGGUUAUUGCUACAAAAAAUCCGGGUCUUCAGACCAAAACGCUCCUAGUGAUUGCUAUGCUUGCAAAUGUCAGGAAACUACCAUUCGAAAAGACGAUGGUACUAUCCAGAAAAUAAAAUGGGGGGGCUCGGCAUGCCAGAAGAGAGAUAUCAGCUCUCCAUUCUUCCUUGUUGCGGGGAUUACUAUCUUGGUACUCUUAGCGACGGGCGCUGCUAUUGGAAUGUUGUAUAAUGUUGGGCAGGAACAAUUACCAGGCGUCAUCAGUGCUGGCGUCGGCACGGUCAGAACCCAGAAAUGAGAUCAAAAAGGCGAUUAAUCCCAGAUGGUGUGGUUUUGUUGUGUUGCUCGGCACAUCUCGCUUGUCUUUCUCCAAUCCUUUUUCUACCCCAUUCACUCAAUGUACAAUAGAUACAUGUUUGUCGGAUCGUGUGCACUUCCGGACCUUCACUUUCUAGUUGAGCAAAACCCAGUAGACUAGGAUACUAGAUGUAUAAAGCAGACCAGAUUGG